GUUGCCAUUUUCCACGCUUGUUAUGGUUCCAAUGGCUUGCACAAGUACCAUAGUAAUUUACUGACUUUAUUCAAGUUAUAAGUUUAUCUUAAAGUGUUAAAGUUAGAUUUGGGAUAUUAAAAAAUAUAUAACAUACGAGCAACUGGAUAUCACUUCAACUUUUCCCGUUCUUCGAUGUCUUCAAGUAAAAAAAGUCGUGACGGUGGCAAAAAGCCGAGUGUUUUCGAAAGGUUGGGAUCGAAACCGUCUUCGGUGACGGACGACUAUUGUAAGCAAUGGGCUCACAAAGAAGGCAGGAAGAGAAGUUGUAGCAGGACACCACCUAACCGAAAAGAUGUGGCUGGUAAUAAACCAAAACUCACAAUGAAACAAAGCUCUAAAUCUGCUGAUAGUGGAGACUGGGAGAAAUCACUAGAGCAUGAAGAUGAAAUGGCUUUAGAGCGCAAGUUGGAAAUGCUGCAGAGAGAGCUGGCAAAACAAGAAGAGCAAGAGCAUAAAGGCAAAAUAAAAAAACCAGUAGCUAAGAAAAGAGAAAGAAGUUCAAGUUCUUCCUCAACUUCAAGCAGCUCUUCUUCAGAAAGUUCUUCAGAAUCAUCAGGUUCAUCUUCAACAUCAAGUGCCAGUUCCUCCAGCAGCUCUUCCUCUUCAUCAGAUUCAGAUGGCGAAGUGAAGGAUAAGAAAAUGGGUAAAAAGAAAGUCAACAGGGUUACUAAAAGAAGUCAAAGUUCUUCUAGCAGAAACCAAGUGGCUAAAGAAAAGGCCAAAGCUAAAGCUAGGAAGAUUGCAAAGCUCUCUUCUGCAAGCCAAAUUGCCAGAAAAAAGGAUUCGUCAUACACUUCCAAAAAACUAAUUCGGAAUACCUCACCGAAGCGUCAGCACGUUUCGAGUUCUAGUGUAAAACAUUCACGCGAUUCUCCGCCCUAUUCAGCGAUGGUGCAGAGUCGCUCCCCACGUGUCAAAGACCCCGAACCCCUAAGCAGGGAUCGAAGGCAGCGCAGAUCUCCAGAAUCUUCUCCAAGUGAGGCAAAACGAAAAUUGCUCGUUCCAGUGGUCAGACGCAGAGUUGACGAGGGCUCGCCUCCGGGAAGUAGAUCACGUGAACGCAAAGCUGCAACCGGCACCAGCAUUUACGACGCUCGCGGAAAAGUUGAGAAGUCACGAGACAGAUUAUUGGAGCCAGGAUAUCUCGUUCGUCCUCGAUCACCUGUGUAUCGUGAACCAUAUCCUGUUCGUGAUCUCUCCCCGACCAGCUCCUCCUACAGAGAACGGCAGCGAGCCGAGCCAUACGAGCCCCGACGUGUUUAUAGUCCACAAACCUUGUUACCCAAACUUGAACGAAAAGAGGAUAUUUACGAUAGUCGACUUCGGCGGCCUGCUUCUCCCGUCCCAGUCCGUCGCCCAAUCGGUGGGAGAACUAAAGAUUACAGUGAUUAUGAACAUGAGUGGCCAGUUGUUCCUGAAACGACAAAAAUCGGCGACUGGGAUCAUCCUGAAUUUCGACGACGCAACCGCCCAAUCGAUGAAAUCGGCUGGGGUAGAACAUUGAGCUCUGCGGAAAUGUCAUGGAAAAAAUCAUACUCACCGCCCCCCGUAAGCAAUCAUUCGUAUCCUGAGCAGAUCCAUCCUAGCCGAAAUACAGCGUGGGAUCCUAUAUCAAAGCUACCGUCUACGAGAACAGAAGAUAAUAAAAGAGAUCGUGAACGACGCCUAGGCGGAGAUGGCCGUCGUUCACGUGACUCGAAUCGUCGGGUUGCAGAUCCUGUUGUCAAUUGUCAAUUGUCAAAGCCCCUAACACCCGCCCCUUUACCAGAAGAACCCCGGUCGCCAGUUCCAAGUGAACCGUCCUCUGUUACUGCGCCUAAGGUACAAGAUGAAACGGAGGAAACAGUGCGGCCUUCUUCGUCAGCAGCAGAUGCUGAAGAAAACUUCAGUGAUUUCAGUGACGAUGUCGACGAAAUUCUCAAUCGCGAUCUUCAGGAUACGGAAAGCGUGAAAACAGAAGAAGCAGCGCCAGUGGACACGGAAUUGGAACCAAUAAAAACUCCAGUCGAAACCGAAUUGAGUGUAAGCGUGGAACCUGUUGUUCAGUUGUCCGACGCUCAGCCGUCGCCGAAGAUUGUGUCGCCUGUUGCCUCAGCUAUUGAGAGCCGUAGCACGGACGAAGAUUUGCUAGGUGGAAUGGAUAUAGAACAGAUCUCCGACGAAGAACUUGAGGAUGAAGCGAGAAGCGCACCAAUCGAUGCCCUUGAAGUGGAUUGGACAAGCCUGGCUUGUAAGCGGGAGAAAAAAGCAGAUUCUGGAACUGUCAGAGCACGUCAGCGUUGGCAGAGUAAAGCAGUGUUCGCACGCUUAGGUAGCUCAAGUGAUGGGCAGUCACCAACGUCUGACGUUGCGACUGACAAAAAACCCUUAUUCGACUAUUCAUCACUCUUUCGACGUGCACUGUGUGCUCGAAUGGACCUUGCUUUCAGAAGACGACUGUGCAAUUUACCUGUGCGCGAGCUAGUGAUCGAAUACUGCGAUGACGAUUUGAGCUUAUAUAAAGCAUCCGUGGAUUUAUUUUUGAAGGACCGAGUAUUAGCUAACUAGCGUAGCGUAAUACGAGCGAAAUUUAAAAGGUCGCCUUUAUUUUACAUCGAUUGCCAUAUCGUGUCAUAGGCAUCAGAACUCGAAAUUGUACAUAUUUUCAUUUUUCCUGUUCAUGCUCUAUGUCUUUGUUGUUUAAAUGCCUGUCGUUUACAUAAUAAAGAAGUCUUGUCUCUUG